CUCCCGCUGGAGUCAGUCGGAGCUUCACACUCGGUCCCGAGAUGACGGCGAGCAAGCGGGUGGCGAAGGAGCUGGAGGGCCUUCAGAAGGAGCUCCCCAGCUACCUGCGGAACCUGCUCAGCGAUGAUGCCAACGUGCUGGUGUGGCACGCUCUCCUCCUGCCUGAGAAGCCUCCCUACAACCUCAAGGCCUUCAACCUGCGCGUCAGCUUCCCUGAGGAGUAUCCAUUCAAGCCUCCGACAGUGACAUUCACAACGAGGAUCUACCACCCCAACGUGGACAGCAGCGGGCGGGUGUGCCUGCCUGUCAUCAGCAAGGAGAACUGGAAGCCUUUCACCAAGACCUGCCAAGACUGGAAGGAAAAGUACCCAGGAGCCCGAGUUCCAAGCCCCACAUGGUACAGACAAUGUUCGAUGGCUCAGCUAACACCUCCACGACCCACUGCCCCCCAGCCUGUCUUGCAGUGGCCCUAAAGCUUUCACCAUCCCUCACCUCAGCGGGGAUAUCCCUUGGAGAUGCCACUCUCGACUGCUUAGAGACUCUGCCUCCCACCCCAACUGGACUUGUAAGUCUCCCAAGGCCCUCUCUGUCCGUCCGGUCCACAUGGGUGGCCACCUGCAGGCUGCUCGGUGGGUGACCUCAAGUUGCCCAGCACCGCAGGGCUGAGUCCUCGA